AUUUUUAUGGUUGUUAAUGUCUCGGUCAACGCUUUUAAGUCAAGUUCUGAGCUCUGUCCCUAUCCCGUCCCCGUCCUCAGCGAUCGUGUGUGGUUUGUUGUUGGCUUUAAUGGAAAGAAAUGAGUUUGAGAGCGAUUUGCGAGCAGAGUUGUGAGGGGAUCCGGCCUGUGAAUUUAUAAAGUUUGUGGCGGGCAUUAAAAACGACCGCCGCAUUUGCCUGUCGGAUGAGAACGCGUUCAGAAGUUCGUCUGGUGUGUGAGCUUGCUUUCGCUUUCAAUCGGAACGGAUAAGAACUUUACCUGAAGUCCUGGAACAAAUCAUGUACUGAGACUUGUAUUUGGACACUGAAGAAUAAGGCAACAUGGGAAAUAUUAAUUACAUAUUAUGCCUGUGCUCAUUGCUCUUGCUGCUUUCGACACCUACAUCUGCAAAGCGUCGCAUACGGCGACAAAAUCGAUCCGAUCAACUGUUGGCCGACAUCGGAGUGCGUGCCCAGUCCUACAAUCCCCGUGUGCUGGAAAACGGCAUCCAGCAGUACACCCACAUCGAUCAGGAUCUGCGACACCUGUUCCUCAACACCAGGCAAACCACGUUGCGAUGGGCUCUCAACAACAUCGAGGCACUCAGCAGCCGCGGCAGGCGCGAGGGAAAGUUGCAGAGUCCGGUGCCCAAGAAAGUUCCCUUUAUGUGCCCCACGAACAAUACACGAUCCCCAAGUCCCCCCACUUCCAUUGAGCGGCUGAGGCCGGGGGACAUUGACAUUAUAGCUGCCUUCGGGGACUCACUGUCGGCGGGCAACGGGAUUCUAUCGAACAACGCCAUAGACAUGAUCAACGAGUUCCGGGGUCUGACCUUCUCGGGCGGCGGUCUGGCCGACUGGCGAAGGUUCGUGACCCUGCCCAACAUCCUGAAGGUCUUCAAUCCAAAGCUGUACGGCUUCGCGGUGAGCAACAGUCUGGUGAUCAACCACCGAUCCUCCCGGCUGAACAUCGCCGAGCCGAUGAUCAUGUCGCGGGAUCUGCCCUUCCAGGCCCGCGUUCUGAUCGAUCUGCUGCGGCGCGAUCCCAAUGUGGACAUGAAGCGCCACUGGAAGCUGCUGACCGUGUACGUGGGCAACAACGACAUCUGCUCGGACCUGUGCCACUGGGACAGUCCGCAGGGCUUCCUCGACCAGCAUGCCCGCGAUCUGCGCCAGGCCUUCCGGCUGUUGCGCGACCACGUGCCCCGCCUCCUGAUCAACCUGAUCGUGGUGCCGAACAUACCCCUGGUGCUGAGCACCAUGACCCAGGUGCCGCUGCAGUGCUUCGUGGUGCACCGCGUGGGGUGCCACUGCCUGAUCAAUGACCGCCUCAAUAGGACCCAGUUAUUGGAGCGCAGGCAGACCUUGAUCCGGUGGCAGCGGCUGGACAUGGAGAUCGCCCGGCUGCCCGAGUUCCAUCGCGAGGACUUCGCCAUCGUCGCCCAUCCGCUGCUGAGCAACAUGACGGCGCCCACGCUGCCCGAUGGCAACACGGACUGGCGGUUCUUCUCCCACGACUGCUUCCACUUCAGCCAGCGCGGCCACGCGAUCAUCUCGAACCUGCUGUGGAACAGCAUGCUCCUGCCCGGCGACCAGAAGCCGCGACCUUCAAAAGUCCCUGAACUGUUCGAGCGGGUCGUCUGCCCCAGUUCGGAGCAGCCUUACUUUGUGGUCAGGCCGAGUUGAGGGUCACCUGGGAGCGGGUGCGGGUUGAGUUACUUGGUUGAGCUGUCACGUGAUAUAUUUAAGCGGGUCCCCGGUCGGGUAUACACAGAUGAAAAUUCUAUGUUUGGGCACCGAAAGAUCUCUCGAGCAUAAAAAAAUUAUUUUUGUGAAACUUUUGGACUUAUAAGACAUCGACAACAAUUUGAAAUCCGAUCAUGUCACUUCCACUUCCGCAAAACUUGCGGAAUUAAGUGGGCGGUGCAAUGUUUCAUUUUAUGAAUCUUACCUGACUUAAGCGAUAUUAUAUAUAUACACAUAUAUUUAUUUGCUAUAUAUGUAUACAUAAAAUAUGUUAUUUAUAUAAAAAGUUGACCUCGAGCCGGAAAAACUCAAAAAAUGUAAAUAUACAUCAAAGGUCGCCUACAAACAAAAUUAAAAAGUUUAUAUAAAUAAAUAUUAUAGGUAAGCACAUUUUGUGAGGGUCCAUGUUUUAAGAUGUUUGUGGCGUGAGAUAGGUUUGUAUUUGAGGCACUUCAAGAGUCUACGUAGCAAUCAACUACAACACCUGCAAAUUUGGUUAAACAAAAAAAUAACGCAGUCACCUGUUGGGUAGUGACAUAUUAUAGCCCAACUUACACGUCCAAACUUAAGGAAAGGUUGGAAUGUGUUGCGCGAUAAACAGUAAAGUUCUCGAUAUUAAAUAAGAAUACUUUUAUUAAAGAAAUCCAUUUUUGGUUGAAAGCGCAAGGAUAAUAUUAACUUGGACAAUUUCUACAUCAACACAAAUG